AUGGCAAAGACAUGCAUUAACCCCCUGCGCUUCUCUCAAUGUGACUGUGGGGGGGGGGGGCGCUUAGCUCCUGCCUGUCCACCGAGGGUGACUUAUCACCCCAAGAAUGGACACGACAGAUCUUUUUACAGUAGUAUGGGAGAGAAACCUCCAGGUACCCUAAUACCAUGCCGUAAUAUGGCUGUCUAGCUCUCCUGCUAGCCACUCUGUGGCCAUGCAAGUUAACCCCUUUGCGGAAGUGCAACCCCGCUUUCGGGAGCAUGAUUGGGUUGUCAUUAACAAGUUGUCGUUCUGGGCUGGCUAAUGCCAAUUUUGAUGCGCGGACACUGUCAUUGGCGGUCACCUUAUGCUCUCCGCCAGUGAAUAAAUGGCAUAAUCAACAACGCCUUGCAGCUCCGUAUAUCCUAAACCUGCCUAGAGAGGAGAUCCAGCACCUGCUACCUAAGAGUUAAAACUGUUGUAAAAUGGCUUAUCUCAUUACCAGGUAGACAGCGCCAGGGUACUCCUAACACCAUAACCACUACUGCGGGGAUGAUGGUUGGAGUAGCUCUUUACAAACUCUGUUUCUUCCAGGCACACACGUACGUGUAAGUUAUAAAAAGGAUAUACCUAUGGUCCUGUACUCUGAAGGUCGAUUUCCUAAUUGUAGGGGAUGGUUGGAAGACGGGUGGCAUGUGUUGGCAUGUGUCUUCUGUAGGGAGAGCAGCGUGCCUCCGCCCUAAAUUUUAUUGUGCCAGUCUCAUCUUUACUUGCCAGGCUGCCUCCACUCCCUGUCCGCGCCGGGCCCCUUUAGUAGGUCUCAGCCAGGAGCAGAUACUGUGCAAUGAUACAUGCACAGGGGGGAGAGACAGUACAAAUCUGGGUUUUUGGCCCUCUGUUCCUCCUGGGGCUGAGGAUUAUUGGUCCUAAAUUCGUAAUGUCACGCUAGGUGCAGAGUUUUUGUAUGUAUAAGACGGAGUUCAAAUAGCGAGAUAGAUUAGGGACCGUAAUAGAGGUAUGGUGGGGGCUGAGCGAGAAUCGUGGGAUUGUCUGCUCAGUGGAAUAAUAACGGAUGAUGAUGAUGAUAAUAAUAAUAAUAAUAAUAAUAAUAAUAAUGGUAACUUUUUUCCAAACUCUUUGCUUUUCUGUUUUUACCCCAUUUUCUUUACACCUUACAGAGAUAGUGUGGGGCUCCUGAUAUGGAUAGAGACUGGAUUUAUUUUACAUUAAAUCAUACAAAACCGGUUGGCUCCUUGAUUUGUCUGCCUGGCUCCUGAAUUCUUCAAACCUUUGUCCACAUUCUCCUCAGACAUGAGAUCUGUCGAGAUAAAAGAAGUGUUUUCCGUGUGUAUAUGAGUAAAAUGAUUGUUUAAUGCUUUUAGAUGAUUAAAAGUAAAUCUAUUUUGUAAUCGAGGCAGUAUUGUAAUAUAAAAUUUAUUAAUGACUUUGUUGUAUUUUCUCCUUUCUUAGCUCGAGCCUUGACGUUGUCUUCUUCAGAGUGUACUGUAUGGCCAGGUCCACCCUUUCGAGAGGUAUGGCAGGUCAGCUUGCGUCCCCGAGGUUUGGGGCAGACUCGCAACCUAUCUGGGACGUACCGGCUAUGCCUCACUGAGCGUACCCUGAGCUUGCUUCGCUUGCGCUCGGAGACGCCUUCCGUCACGCUCCAGCUAAUGAAUGUACGUCGCUGUGGUCAUUCCGACAACUUCUUUUUCGUUGAGGUGGGACGAUCGGCCGUCACUGGUCCCGGUGAGCUGUGGAUGCAGGUAAUGUGGUGGUCUUAAACAUUCGAUCAUAGCACAAACUAAAACAAAGGCUUGAAAUGAUAUUAAACAUAUUUAGAUGAGAUUGCUGGUAAUAUUAGAUUUCUAUCUAAUGUCUCGCCACCUCCUCGUGUACCGACUCUCUGAAUUUCUUUGAUUUUGCUUUAUAAUAUUAAAGUUUCUUUUUCUUUGCUGGAGAUUAAAAUUAGAGCCUUUAUUUUGUUAAACCGUAGGAGGGGAGAUCAGUGUCUAUUUUCUCCUCUAUGCUGGUGGGAGCGGUAUGUAUCCUAAACCAACCACAGAAACUUUAAACUACAAAUUUAACUCCUUGACGGAUGUAGGACGUGUCAUUCCGUCCGAACGAUACCUAGAAUGUGCUUUAAAUUCCUAUUAAAGUGUAAGCAGAGUUAAAUCCCUGCUCACACCACUCUCCCCAGGUAUCAAUGGAUAUCAUGGAAGGAUCCCCCAGCCUGUUCCCAGCCAAUUGGAACUGGUGCUGGGCUUUGCAAGCUACCCAGCACCAAUCUCUAAAUAAUCGUCCGGAAGCCAGGCUUUAUUUAGAAUUGCAAUGUGUAAUUCUAAAAGCUGCCAGUAGAUGGUGGCAACAUACCACCAGCUAAUGUGUUAUACAUCAGAAAUAAUAUUGGCAGUGGGUUAGGGUUAGGGUUGGGGUAAGAGUAAGGUAGGGUUACAGGUAGUAUUGGGUAAGGUUAAUGUUUGGUAUGGGUUAUUGUUGUCUUAGUGUUCUAGAUAGUGUAGGGUUGAAUUUAAGGGUAAGAUUACAGUAGGCAUUGGGUAAUUGGUAUGGUUGGUAUAGGGUUAGCAUUACGUUCAAUCCUAAAUUUAUUAGGCAUUUAAAAAUCAGGACUGAUACAUUCAUCGAUUUUUGAGUUCUUUUUAAUUGGUUGCACUGAAUGUGUAAAAUAUUUGUAUUUCAGCACAUAGUAAGAGCCGGCGAGAUGUUUUUUUUUUUUGUUUGUUUUUUUUUAGGGACCAUCCACUUCUCACACUCGUAGUCUUUUCUAUAGCAAAACGAUUCCUCUGGUGAACUCAUCCCAACAUGAAAGCAAAGCAAACUAUAAUAUAACCCUCGCCAAAGGAAGCGUAAAACAAAGCUUUUCUUUUAGAAAACGUGUAAAAGACAGGUUUUCCUUUGUAACGUGCCAGUAACUUAAAUUCUUUUGAUGUUUGCUGAUGUUUUGAGAACCAACAGCUGAGAUACUUUAUUAGUUUUCCGAUUUGUUGUGGCGAAAGCGUUCAGAUCCUCUGUCAACUACUAAUCAUUGAUGGAUUUGACCAAAGCAAAAUAUUUAAAGUCCCACUUUGCUCCAGCAUUUGUACUCACCCUACUGAGAAACGAAGUUCUCUGCACAACCCCCGGUCAGUCCAUUUGCCUGGGCCUGUAUGUUGUCAUCCCUUCCCCCAGUAGUUCUGCACUGGAGCCUACACAGAUCAAUGUGUGUCUAGUUCUUUGUAAAUAGCAUAGAAUAUGAACACAUUAGGACAUUAGCAGCUGGCUUUCCUUUAGAAAUACAGGUUUCUGGUUUUAGCCAGAAAACACGAUUUACUGCACGAAGGGAUAAUACCUGCAUUUGGUCAGUCUGUUUUACAUUCUGGCAGCAUUUCAGGGAUCAGCAUUCCUAAAUAUACCAGCAAAUCCCUCCAAUAUAUAAGUGGAUAUUUGACAUUUUAAAAUACAAAAUUAAGCCCUGUGCUCAAACUUCCACUACUCCUAGACUGCAGCAAAGACUAUAGUACACAUCAGUCCCAAUAAAUACCAUAAAAAACAAAGAAAAGAGUUAUUGGCACACUAUCCCAAAUCCCUAUGCACCUUUUAAAGGAACACUAUAUGUAUUCCUGACCCUAUAGUGUUUAAAAACUCCAUUUAGUUCCCCUGCCCCUCACCCCCCACCCCGCACUCACUAAAUAUAGUAAAAUCUUACUGUUGUUCAAGUCUGCAGCUACUGGCUCUGUCCCUGAUCUGCCAGCUUGGCUAACAUCAUCAGAAGUGGUAGCCUGAUCCAAUCACAGUGCUUCCCCAUAGGAGUGGCUGAGGCUGACAAGGAGGCAGAUCAGGGGCAGAGCCAGCAUGAUUCAAACACAGCCCUGGCCAAUCAGCAUCUCCUCAUAGAGAUGAAUUGAAUCAAUGUAUCUCUAUGAGGAAAGUUCAGUGUCUGCAUGCAGAGGCAGGAGACACUGAAUGUUUGGAUGCAUUUUAGGCAGCCAUGAUCCAGGAAGGAUCUCUAACAGCUAUCUGAGGAGUGGCCAGUGAAGUUAUCACUAGGCUGUAAUGUUAACACUGCAUUUUCUCUGAAAAGACACUGUUUACUGCAAAAAGCCUGAAGGUAAUGAUUCUACUCAGCAGAACAAAUUCAAUAAGCUGUAGUUGUUCUGGUGACUGUAGUGUCCCUUUAAAUAACUGGAAGGUUUUUUUUGUUUUUGUGUUUUGUUUUUUUACAUUUUUAAAUGAUAUAUUUAUUUUUUUUACAUCCAAAUUCUCAACGACGGUUUCCUAAGGGAUACGUAACUGAUCAAACUGUUGCCAUUAGUAAAGUGGCGUGAUGUCCCUGUGGAUCCCGUUGGUCACAGUUAACAUGUAAAAAUCAUUCCCACUUUUAAUGACUGCAUUUCAAAAAUCUCGCCUUCCCCAUAUAUCCUUUUCAUACUUUAUGCCUUCCAAAAUUUAAGGUAACGGUGAACAAAUAGGUCGCCAUCACAUUCUUCUGAUAGCAGAACAAUGCUGUUUUUUGUGCAUGCUAAUUAUUUAACCAGAGUAGUGUUUGUUAUUGGGUUUUAGGAACCUGCCCUGUUUUAAGGUUAAAGUGACCAGGAGUUACUUGGGAAAAAUGUAUUUCUUAAGAGUGCCAUGUACUUUAACACAUUUCAAGUACAUUUAUUUAAAAAAAAAAAAAAAAAGUUAACUGUUCUGCCGAAGCUGUACAAGUCUUGACACAAAUGGGCCAUAGAUUUCUAGAACGCUGCGAGUCCCAAACUCUUCCAGUUUGUGUUUAAUGCACUGGAAAUGAAUCAAAUCUGUUGCCAACUUAUCCUUGCAUUAGAAGUUUAGAAGCACAACCCAGUAAAAAGUCCCCAGGGUUUACAUUUUAUAUUAUUACAAGAUAGGAGAUUGAGACUUCAGUUUCUCCCUUAUGUGUAUGUGUUGUCAUACUAAUGACUAGUCUCCCUCGUAUUUUAGGUGGAAGACUCUGUUGUUGCUCAAAAUAUGCACGAAACCAUUUUGGAGGCUAUGAAAUCCCUUAGUGAAGAAUUUCGUCCACGCACCAAGAGUCAAUCCCUCUCCUCCACUCCAAUCACAGUUCCAUCUCGCCGUCACCAUCCAAACCCUCCUCCACCCAGCCAGGUGGGUUUUUCUCAGCGCUCUAAAGCUGAAGCAAACAUUGACAGUUCUCCUGCGCCAAAAUGCCACUCUUCCCCUGGAAACCAGAGCCCUCCAGAGGAAGAGGAAGAAAAACGUCCACGAGUGGAAACAACUCGCACCUCUGCUGACUACGGAUCUGCUUCAUCAGAUGAGUAUGGCUCUAGCCCCAGCCAAUUCGAGCCUCAAGCUUUUCUACCGCCUUCUCCAGUGUCUGGAGAAACCAACUACAUUUCAAUGGCACAGAAUAGGAGGAAAUCUGUAGUUGCAGAUACUACUGCUGCCACCGGACCUGCUGAAGAGGAAGGAGGUAGAGUGGCACAGUUUGAAGAAGAGGAAAAGUAUGCUAUGAUGGGCAAAUGCGAACAUAGAGAAGCCGGUUACAUGCCCAUGUUACCUGGUACCAGAUGCCAAGAUUACAUGCCUAUGACCCCCAAUAGUAUCUCACCACCUGCACCCGUGGAAACAGCUGGCUAUGUUAUGAUGUCUCCUCUCGGCAGCUGUUCUCCUGAGACCGAGCGAGCCAGCUGGCUUCCCUCUGGGGAAAUUUUUGUUGGCAGUGAGGAUAGCCACUCUUCUGAUUAUAUGAAUAUGUGGCCACUCAGCCGCUCGGCCUCCAUCACCCCACCACCACAUGAGUCCUCUUUUGAGAAAGCAUCAAGGGUCCCUACAUCUUAUCGUUCAUUGCCUCGUUCAUACAAGAUGGAUCCAACACAUGCAGCCCACCACUCUGGCUCAUCUUCUGACAGUCUGGAAGAGGCUGUUGGGGAAAAAAUUCGCAGGCCUCUCAGUGUUUCUGUGGACUCAUGGAGAACAAGCAGCCUGGCCAGGAACUAUCGUAGACCACCAAGCCCUGGGGAGUAUGUCCGAAUUCACUUCAGUGCCAAUCAUGAAAAGACCACCUCUAAGGAAGUAGCCAUUCAUCAGAAUGAAUACAUUGACAUGGAAACACAGCACGCCCAAGCCCCCAAUGGAGGUUACACAGAAAUGGUUUUUGAACCUAAAAUUAAACCAACAUCUGGGAAUGAAAUGGGACAGUCUCUAAGGCGAGUUACAGAAAACUCCUUUUUCUCUAUGCCUACUACAGAAACAAAGAGUAGACCUGCUAUAGAAAAGGCUUUAAUAGCAACUUCAGCCUUAGAAAAAUCUUUCAAACCCACUGCAGAUAUGACUUUUUGGCCUUCUGUGCCAAUGGAAAUGUGUUCUAAUGCCAAAUUGGGAUCUGAGAAUUCUACGGAGCAUCCAUUCGGGUUCAUAGAAAAGGCCUUGGCAGUGCGUCCAAGCUCAGAGGAUGGAGAUAUAAGGUGUUUGGUUUCUGCUGUCACAGCAUGUGGUCUCCACAAGGGGCAGGAUCGCACAAAGUCAGCAAGGGCUGAUCUACCUUCACGUAUAAGGCACUGCUCUGAUACCUCAAGCAACGUGCCCUCCACAGCCUGCAAUGGAAACCGCUCACCGGCACAGGAGUCUGGUCUCAAUUAUAUUGAUCUGGACCUGGCCAAAGAUGGAGGUGCUCUGCCCUCUUCUGUGCUGGUGGGUCCAACUGUGACGCAGCCAACAAAAAAUGGACUGCUAGGAGCUAUUCCUUGUAGCAACACCUAUGCCAGCAUCGACUUUCAGAUGUCAGGAGAACUAAGAAGAGACAGCAGGGAUGGAACAGGUAUGGAGAAACAUGACACCUAG